CCAAACAGACGGGUAUGGAGGUGGUUAGUGUUUUAGUAAAAUUACGUGUGGCUAACAACUUGAUGUAAGGUAUCUUCAUUUGUGAUAAUAGAGCAAUAUACAUUGCUCAUUCGUGAUGCAAGAACCAUGUGAAGCACUUCAAAUGAUUCUUUUAUUUUAGUGAAUUUUUAUAUUGUACGAAUUUGAACGUUCAUAAAUUUAGGUUAGGCUAACUUUUUAUCAUUUACGUCAAAUGUAUACAAGAUAAUUUGCUUGCUUCUGAGUCAGCUGUCUAGAAUGUUGAAAAGAUAUGGUUUAUUCCUAGUAGGAAUAAUUUUAUGCAUUAGGAAUGAAAUAUAAAGAUUUUCAUCUGCACUGAUCUUUCAAGGAAUAUUAACACUGACAAUGAACUGAAGUUUUACAGUUGACAUUUAAUACGAAUGAAAGAUGGAGGCAGCUAUAAGCGCGAUUAUGAGAGUUCCUGGUUUAUUUAUAAUAGAUUACUGGUGGCAACAUGAUACAGAAAAAUCCCUGCCAUACUCUUUGGACAUGGAUGACAUUCUUAAAAGUCUUGCCAUAAAUGUUGUUUUGCUUUAUGGAUUCUUCCUUCUGUUAUUGCCCUUGCAGCAUGUUAAAACACUAUACACACAUCUUAUUGGUGGAGCAAUAAUAGUUACCUGUCAUGUUGUAUCUGCUGUGUAUGUCAACAUUGAAGCCAUCAGAGGCACCGACAGUGCAGAAGAUUCUGUGCGACAAAUCUCCAUGCUAAUGUUGCAAAUUUUUCUUGGCUUUCUAAUAUCAUACUUGUUGAAAUGGAAAAGUUAUCCUCAGAUUUUCUCAUUGUAUUCAUUGCCUGUCAUAGCCCGUUUACUAGAUCAACCAAUAGACAUAAUAUUUUUUUGCCACAAUUUUUGUCGGGCUGCUACAGCUUUUGGAGUGAUCUCGUACAUUAUUUACCAUAUUCCCAAGGUGUUAAAUGGUGCCAAAUCAGCAUGCAUGGAUGCUUUAACUGUUAUGAAAACCUACGGAGUAGGGACGCUGUUUACAGUCUUGUGGAAUAAACUUUUUGUGCCGCCACAUUUCGCUCUGUUUUGGUUGAUUGAAUUCACAGUAAAAUUGAUAGGAACAAAGUAUCGAGCAGAAAAACUAGCUUGGGGUGACGAGUGGUACAUGAUUGUUCUAACCACUGUUAGUUCCAUUUGCUCUAGUCCAGUCACUCUUCUUGCUACUUCAGUUACAGUGUCUUACGUUUCGUUUUUCACAUUAUGUUCAGUUAAAGCGUACCUGCAAGGCUUCUCUGCAUUUUUCCGUGAUAAUCCGAUGCAUAGUGGCUGGACAGAGGGCUUCACUUUGAUAUUGCUGUCCAUUCAAACAGGACUAAUAGAAAUGAAGAUGCCAGCUCGCAUGGUCGUAAUGACAGUCAUACUCUUCAUCGUCCUUUCAUCGCUGUUACAAUCUAUGUUGGAAAUAGCCGAACCCGUCGUCUUGAGCCUGAGCGCGUCGAGGAGUCGGAAUCACUGGCGACAUUUCAGAGCUUUGAGCCUGUGCUUGACUUUGUUAAUAUUCCCGUUAUAUUUAACCAAAGUGCUGUCGGGCGUUUUCCCGAUUGAUUUCUGGAUGUUGGUUGUGCUUUCGAGUUGCGCUCUGACAUCGGUUCAAGUUUUUGAUUUACUAGUAGUUCAUUCGCUCUUCCUUUACGACUCGGCCAAAGUAGAACCUUGGGAAAAUUUAGAUGAUAUUGUGUACUACACCAGAGCCGUUACCAAGGUCUUCGAAUUUUUUGUUGCCAUAUUUGUUGUGGGUAUGGGCUUAUGGGAAUCCACUGCAGGAAAAUGGAAUUUGGUAAACGCUUCCAUUCUAAUGGUUCAUUGUUAUUUCAAUGUCUGGCAACGCUUACAGACUGGGUGGCAAAGCUUUUUACUGAGGAGGGAAGCCGCCAAAAAAGCAAAAUCCCUACCAUCAGCUACUGAAGAGCAACUCACUCUCCUCGAUGAUGUAUGUUCUAUUUGCUAUGGAAGUAUGAAAUCUGCAUGUGUGACCCUGUGUCAACAUUACUUUCAUAGGACAUGCUUACGAAAGUGGCUUUACGUGCAAGAUAAAUGUCCGCUAUGCCACAGUGUGAUUUCUCUAUCAUCAGAUGAUAUCAAAACUCCUCAGAGCCCUGAUCCACCAAGAGAAGUAAACAAUGGAAUUUUCUUGGGCCCAUUUUUUUAA